AUGGGUAAGCGCAAGAAGUCCAGCCGCCAACCGCAAGGGCCCCGCAAGCGGGAGCCUCUUCCGACGGCAUUCUCCUGUCUCUUCUGCAACCAUGAGAAUUCGGUGGUGGUCAAGCUAGACAAGAAACUGGGCCUGGGCGACCUGUCCUGCAAGGUCUGUGGCCAAAAGUUUCAGACGGGGAUCAACUAUCUCUCUGCGCCUGUGGACGUGUACUCCGACUGGGUCGAUGCAUGCGAUGCCGUUGCAAAGGAUACGGCCAACCAGUACGAGACUGGUCCGCCUCGCUCCCGCGCGGCCGACCCGUCGGAGACGCAGAAUACCUAUGAUGAUGAUGAUUACUGA